AUGUCAUCGAGGAAGAGAAGUAGUGAGGAGGAACAAAAGCGCCUGAGUUCUCUCUUUCAUGCCUACGAUGUGGAUGAUUCCGGGCGGAUUGAAAAAAAUGAGUUUUUUACUAUUUGUCAGGAGCUUCAAGUCCCCUUGCAAGAAGCAGAGGGACUAUUCAAUCGCCUGGAUGUUGAUAAAGACGGCACUGUGACCUUAGAGGAGUUCAUCAGCGGCUUCAAAAAACAAGGGCAGGAGGAUGAAGACAAAGACCAAAACUCCUCAUGUGUGGAGGAGUUUUCCAUCAACAAAGCACAAGCCAAAACCAGUCGGCAGCCCAUCCAGGGCAUGAGCGCGGAGGAGCAGGAGCGGCUGCGCACCCUCUUCCGCGCCUACGACGUAGACAACUCCGGCCGGAUCGAGAGGAACGAGUUUCUCACCAUCUGCGCGGAGCUGCAGGUGUCCGCGGCGGAGGCCGACCGCAUCUUCGACCGGCUGGACGUGGACCAGGACGGGACCGUCACCCUGCAAGAGUUCAUCCACGGAUUUCAUGACCGAUACGGAGAGGUCAUGGAGUCAGAUGGAGCAGACGUGUCCAUCGCCUGGGACACCUUUGAGAAGAAACUGGGCGAGCAGGCAAAGUACAUUCCCAGGCAUGAACAGGCAGCAACCCUCUACCAGAACAUCAGCCUGACCGAGCCCAGACUGAUCCCCCAGUUUGAGAAAGUUGUCAUUAACUUCACCAAAGAGAUCAAACAGCAGAACUCAGAGAUGGAGAACCUGGCACUCGCCAUCAAACGAGCGCAGGACCAAGCAUCAAUGCAGCUCAGUGAGAUGGAAGAGGAGAUGGACCAGCGCAUUCAUGCGGCAGAGAGAAAAACGCGGGAGCAGGAGAGGAAACGAACAGAGGCCGCUUUGAAUGAGUUGCGAAGAAGUUAUGAAACUGAAGUGUGCGAGCUGCAGUGUAAGAUCCAGAGGAUGCAGAUGAUAGAGGAGAAGUACAAAAACAUCACAGUGAAUGACGAGAGCCCAGCAUUACGGAAGAAGAUUAAUGAGCUAACAUUGGAGAAUCAGAGGAUAAAGCAGGAGCUGCUGAAGUCCCAGACCCAGAUCGCCUGUCUGCAGAGUGAGAUGGAUUCGCUGAAGACGGAGUUGACUGAUCAAAGCAUGAACUCUGAACGAGACGAAGAACUCAUGAAACACUUUUCUGAUGAGCGAGACAUCCUGGAGAGUCAGAUUGAGAUUCUGCAGACAGCCAACAGGAAGCUCCAUGACAGUAAUGAUGGUCUGAGGACGACACUGGAAAGGGUCACAAAGUCAGGUAACGGUGGUUCACCAGGAGAAAUCAAGGAAAGAUUCAGAAGCAAAAGCAUCUGCUACACAUCGCCAUAUGCUUUAAUUGACAGGCUGGGGCAGCGUUUGGAUGAUUUCCCUCUGUACAGCCGCCGGCCCAGCUGUGACACUCUGGCCUUGGCCGUUUGUGACCCCGGCCUGAGGCGCAGACACAGCAGUGAGUGCGAGGAGGACAGUCUCCCGGAGACCUACAUGGACAGCGGCCUGUCGACGCUCAGAGGCUCCCAUGGAGGCUACGACUCUGAGCAGGACGUCAAGGGCCAAGGAGAUGAAGAAGAAGAGAAGGCUGAAAUUAAUAAAGCAGAAGAUGACAAUAAUGAUAGCAUGCUGGGUGAAAACUCUGACACUGAGCCAGCAGAGACGCAGGACGGGGAAUCAGCGUUUGGGUCAGAUAGCAGCUCGGUUUUGGACUGGAAGCCAACUGACUCCAUUAGUGAGCCAUCACCGCCCACCACAACCAUGAAAAAAGCCCUCAGUGCCAUCAAGGUUCAGUCAGAGGACAAGGACAGUGUUGACCUGGGUUACAUGACCUCAGAGAAGGCCUACAGGAUCGUGUUGGCUGGAGAUGCUGCUGUGGGAAAAUCCAGCUUCCUGCUUCGACUCUGCAAAAAUGAAUUCAAACCAAGCUCCAGUGCCACUCUGGGAGUUGACUUCCAGAUGAAGACCUUUGUUGUGGACGGAGAGCCUAUUCUUUUACAGCUAUGGGACACUGCAGGACAGGAGAGGUUUCGCAGCAUUGCAAAGUCUUAUUUCCGGCGUGCAGAUGGUGUGUUGCUGUUGUACGAUGUCACCUGUGAGAAGAGCUUCCUUAAUGUUAGAGAAUGGGUGGACAUGAUUGAGGAUGUGUCCCGGGAAGACAUUCCCAUCAUGCUUGUGGGUAAUAAAUGUGAUCUUAGGCAAGACACAGCUGACUGUGUUCCUACCAGCUUUGGAGAAAAAUUGGCCAUGACGUACAACACGCUGUUCUGUGAGACCAGCGCCAAAGAUGGCUCCAACAUCCUGGAGGCCGUGCUGCACCUGGCCAGGCUGGUAACAAAACACGCGACUUUUGAGGAGAAAGGCCGCUGUCAGUCGCUGCCCAGUUUAAGCGCUCCCAGGACUAAACAAAAGUUCUCCUGCUGUAACUGAUCAAACCCACCACAGCUGGAUCCCUGCAUCUAACUCUGUGAACUCAGUACAGUUUUAACAGUGAACACAAAUGCAAAAAAACCUGGUUAAACAGCGACAGGAACAAAUCAUCUACAAUGUUUUACACGUGAAUGAAGUGAGCAAACACAAGACGUGCGAGAUUACAAUUCAGCCUCUGGAUUUCACUUUGCUUUAGUCAGUAUAAACUUCAUGUAGUGUGAAAAAUAUUCUUAUUAUCAUUAUUAAUUAUUAUUGUUAUUAAUGCUUGGAGUUCCCUUUGGCCCUCUCAGACACGCACACCUUUCCAUGAAUGUGUUGGCACAUUGGUGUCAUGUCUGAUUACCACAUGGGUCUUCCAUAACAUUUAGUAACAGCAAUUAUAAUUGUGUCAGAUAACAUUUACAAGAUCACUCGCAAGUGUUAUCGCAGGCAACGGAGGGAUGAAUAGCAACGGACAAAUGUGCACAGGUGGUUGUGUAGUGUGGCCUCUGAUCUGACUAUAGAUAGAUGAAUAAUUCACACAUAGAAGCACUUUCCAAAUUUCUCUACAUAAUAGUCUUAACUCAGAGUUGUUUUAAGCUGAAAAAAGUAAAAUAUGUGUUUUCUGCUGUUUCCAUCCACUGUUGCCAUGCUUCACACAACCAGCACACUCUUGGACUAUUGAAUUGGACUAUAAUCUACAAGGUCUCCUCAAUAUGAAUGUCCCGUUGACCAAUAGCAAAGCAUCCUGGUUCAC